AUGCUCUACACGGCACCGAUGAUCGUAACAGAUAUGACUGUCGAUGCAAUCCUCGUCACGGCGACAGCCAGCUCUGCACUUCUUUCUGAUGCAGAUAUGGCCCGAGCCCGGCUUGCAGUCGGCGUCUUUGGAGCACUUUUUUUUUCGAGCAAUGUCGGUGUUGUCAUCACCGUCGUCGUUGUUAUUGUUGUUGUUGUCAUCGCGGAGAAGGAUGAGGGCUUUGCUUUCUUCUGGAAUGAAGGCUGCUCUGGAUGCUAUGAGGACAGCGAGUCCUAUGGCGAUGAUGUUUUGGAAACGAGUCAUCUUGAUAGCGGUGAUUUGUCUGGCCUUCUUGAUCUUGUGCGCCCUGAGAUAAAAUACCUUCAAGGCCGCCAACUCUCUCGAAAAGACCUCGACGAAAUCAGACUUCAACAAGAUAAUGAUGACCCGUGGUUAGAUCCUAUGGGGUACAUGGACUAUGUGACUGAUAUUCGAGACGAGAACUUUCUAAGAAUUUAUAUCGGCCAAUGUGAAAACGCUCAUAGACGGAUAAUUUACCAACAUGCUCAAUCCAUAAUGCAGGGUUCAUAUGAAUCUCUGCAUUAUUAUAUACUGUGGCUAGGAAACGGGAGUCGAACAGCAAAUUUUAUCCGGCUAUGGUCGUUCCCAGAGGACGAGGAAAAGGACAAUGACUGGUACCGGAUAAGAUGCAAUAUUCUUGAAGCUCUCUUUUGCAGGUUCUUUUCUACCCAUCAUGGCAUGUUAGAGCCUCCGGAAAUUGCAAACAACAAAGCACUAGGUGGAUUUGGGCUUAAUGUCAUGUCUCCAUUACUUCAAAGUGUGACGCUCACAGCAUCCUUGAGAGUGCAGGCUGCUAUAGGUCCAAGCAAAUCCCCAGAUGUGCAGAUUCGACACUGGGCAACUUUCCAUCCAGGACAGAAGCUUAAGAUACACAAAGCCGAACGACCUUUGUUCUCCAAUGACUUCAAUUCGGCUUUAAAGACCGCACUGGGGAAUGAAAAGGAGUUCUGGCUUGUCAAAAACGCUCUGUCCAUGAACAUGAAGGAUAAACAGACAGGAACCAUUACAUCAACACCAUUUUUCGGUACACUAUCUGCAGAAAUAGGGUUUAUUCUGGACUUUGUCGCUGUGUCUCCUGCCAAUGAUUUGCCACUGAGUCUGGGUAGCACAGAGGCGCCAGAAAAUCUUGACUCGAAAGUUCAGCUGCCAUGGUCCCUUCAAGGAUGCCUGUUUAACGAGACCAAUGUCCUUGUUUGGACCUCGAACUUCCGGGAGUUUCUGCCUCUUUCCGCAAGAGACUUUUCCAAAAAUAGUUCGAGCUUUUGUGAUGAGUCCCUUAUUCUGAAUUCCCAUCGAACUUUGAUUGAAACAAGUCAUCUGAAAAUCAUCCUGGUAUGCGGCCCACGAGCCGAAAAAAUGAUUCAAGCCGUACAAAAAGGCGCCUGCAGAUUCUCCCUAGAGCUUCGUGGGUUUAAAUAUUCCAUGUAUAUCUCUAGUGGUCUUGGAGCUAUUCCGAAACGACUGUUCAUUCGUUGCCCAGAGCUCCCCUCCCAAGUUUGGUCCACGAGCUCAGCUCAUACUGCAAAAUUAAGUGAGGUAAUCAGAUUUGCCACCUCGGUUAUAAGUAUUACGGGGAUCAGACCCUAUUUUAUUGAGUCAAGUAGUGUUGUUGGUACUAUUCUUGGCCAGGCUAGAAGGGAAAGAUUAGGAAACCCUAUGAUGACGGUAGGAACACUUGACGAAAGCAUUAAACUUUGGCUAUUCCGCAAAGGAAUCAGAGAUGAAAGUGACCUUCGUCAUAUUGAAGAGCUUGCUGAAUCUCUCACCGAGGGACUACUAAUGGUACUGCACGCUCUUCCAAGAAAAGGCCCAUACGGUCAAGGCAAAGUACCAAAUGCAAAGCCACAGAAAGCCGAAAAAAGUGCCCACAAACAAGUUCCCUUCGAUAUCGAAAAAUACACGGCCGUCAAGGAAAUGGUACAUGAUCUUGUUUCACAGCGUGAGCAUGAAUUUGCUGAAAAGCUGGCAAGAUUACCAAAUAAUCUUCUUAGACGCUCUGGAGAUACCGAUUCUACUCUAUUGAUCCAGUCUGAUGUGGCUUCUGCGCCAAUUCUGCCAUCUCCUAGAGUAGAUGACGAGGAGAUAAAGCCGGUGACAGAUGUCCCUUAUCCCAGCCAAUGGGAAAAUGACGCCCAUCAUGAAGCACUCCCUGAGGACUUAGCGCAUCUGUUGGAUACAGGAAUUCAAAGAGGAAUUUUGGACACGUCAGAGGAUCCACUGCUUCAUUAUGAAGAAAGCUUACGGACUAAAUUCUCAAGAAAGGGCGUAUCAAGAAAAGACCAAGAAUCUCAUCUUAAUGGUCUAAAACGUCAGCAAUACAUCUGGAGAGAAGAAGCCCCAGUCUUUCGAGAAAAGGAAUACAAGUACAAUGUACCCCUCGGUGUUUCUUAUCAAAAGGUCAAUUCGUGUUAACUAUUGUCCUAUUCGUUUCCCGCCAGACAUGGAUGUUGGGGAUGGUACUAUCUUUGUGCGCAUUGAAGUUUCCGAUUCGGGAUCAAGACAUCCUAAUAUCUAUGCAACCUCUGCAAUACAUAGUGACCCAGCAGGUCGUCUUGCUUUCCUUGUGAGAUUUACUGAUUCAAAUGGGAUAGAGGUCAAGUACUAUGAAACAAACCCCAACCAGAGCCCUCUCUUUCGUGCAAACACCUUUGUUGAUAUCCUCAUUGAUGGGAAAUCAGAUGAGGAAAUUGCCCAAACACCGAGAAGAUAUUUGAAUUUUAAAAGAGGCAGUGCUCCACCGGGACUUCAGAGAUUUGAAGGCGGUGAUUACACAACUUUGCCAUCGUCUGCAUAAUGGCCAAGGAUAUCAUGUGAAAGGCAAUAAAGGCACUAGAUUACUUGAGGGACUGGUUGUACUGAGACUGGCCUGGGACUCAG